AUGGCCGCAGCAAGCGACAAAGCGCGGUUCUAUCUGGAGCAAUACGUUCCGGAGCUCCAAGAGUAUGAGCGCAAACAGAUUUUCAGCCGAGAUGAGAUCAGCGCUAUCACCGCGAAACGAAGCGGGUUCGAACAUACUUUGAAUGCGCGCGGCUCCAGUCCGGAGGAUUAUCUUCAAUAUGUCGCCUACGAAACAAAUCUGGACCGCCUGCGCAAACUCCGCUGCUCGAGAAAGGGUGUGAAAGCAGCGACAUUUAAUGGCCAGCGAACUAUCUUUUUCAUCUAUGAUCGUGCCACCAAAAAGUUUCCCGGAUCGCUGGAGCUAUGGAUGCAAUACAUUGACUUCUGCAAGAAAGAGAAAGCAAGCAAAAAAAUUACGAAGGUAUUCACUGCGGUCUUGCGACUUCACCCUAGGAAGUGGAGCCUCUGGGUGGUGGCUGCUGCGUACUACGCACAAACUCAGGGCGACAUGGCGACAGCGCGCGGAUAUUUGCAACGGGGUCUUCGAUUCUGCAAAGAUGAACCACGCUUGUAUCUCGAAUACGCUCGACUGGAGUUGACCUUCCUUGCCAAGCUGGCUGCACGCCGAAAGAUUCUUGGUCUGGAUGAACCAUCGAAAGAGGACACACAGGAGCUUGACGGCGAUGAGAACAUGAUCACUCUGCCCACGAUCACGCCGGAAGAUAUGGACCCCGAGGCUCGUAGAGGCAUCGAAGAGGUCAAUGCCGCUGCUCUGCAAAGACUUGCUACCGCACCUGCGUACGUGGGUGCGAUUCCUAUUGCAAUCUUCGGUGCAGCUGUGAAGCAGGUGACAGGCAGUGUGAGCGAUUUCACGGAGGAAUUCGUCGAUCUCGUCGCUCUGUAUGCACACGUCCCGGUCAGCCAAAACAUACUCGAACAUGUCAUGGCCAGUCUUGAAAGCUCCGACAAUGCUGGAACAAUCAUGUGCAGGGCCAAAGCCGAGCUCUUCUCUAUUGAAGCGAUGAGCGAGGAGUUUCCCUUGGCGUUGGGUCGAAGCAUUGCUUUGAUUCGAUCAGGUCUUGCUAGUGUCCCAUCCUCGGAGCAGAGUGAUCUGGCAAGCCGCGCCGUUCUGAUGCUCCUUCCAUAUCUGAGGGCCCCCGCCGAGAUGGAUGAGGAUGUUCUCAGAGUGCUCGAAGCGAUGAUUAUCAAGCACCUGAAGAUUGCGAUCUCUUCACCAGCAAAGCCCGGCGCUCCGACGAAGAAUGUCCAGGCUUCGCUGACAACAAAAUUACGGGAAACUUCACGUGUGACGGACGCAGCCAACCUCGAGGCUAUCAUACAAGAAGCUGGACUUGAUCGCGGCUGA